AUGGAUUGUAAGGGAAAAACUGCGCUCGUCAACGUUCAGCUUGGAGAUGAAAUCGUUAUUUCCGGGAUUGCCGGUAGAUUUCCCGAAUCUGAUAAUAUCAGGCAUCUCCAAAAUAAUCUAUUCAAUAAAGUGGAUCUUGGUUCGGAUGAUGAUCGUCGAUGGUCGUACGAACAUCAUGAGGUGCCAAGACGCAUGGGAAAAAUCAAUAAUAUCGAGAAAUUUGAUGCGGAAUAUUUUGACAUACCCUUCAACCAAGCCCACAUAAUGGAUCCCAUGUCUAGAUGCCUCUUGGAACAUACAUACGAGGCCAUCGUCGAUGCGGGAAUAAAUCCAAAAGAUUUACGCGGUACGAAGACCGGAGUGAUCGUCGGGACGUGUUACUCGGAGUCGGAGAAGGGUUUGUUUUACGAGAAAACACAGUUCGCUGGUCUUGGACUACUGGGAUGUAGCAAAUUCAUGCUAGCAAAUAGGGUUUCUCACUGGUUAGGAAUCAAAGGAAUAUCAUUCAUGAUCGACACCGCCUGCAGUUCAAGUCUUACCGCUAUAGAGUACGCUUAUAGAAUUAUCCGAUCUGGAGAAUGCGACGCCAUGAUUAUUGCUGGUGCAAAUAUCUGCCUGAAUCCAUCUAUUUCUUUGCAGUUUGCGCGACUUGGUGUUUUAUCGUCCGACGGAUUCUGCAAACCCUUCGAUGUCGAUGGAAAAGGUUACAUGCGUAGUGAAACAGUCGCGGUCGUGUUUCUCCAAAGGGCGAGGAAAGCUAAAAGAAUUUAUGCGACUCUGGUUUAUGCUAAGACGAAUUGCGACGGAUUCAAGGAACAAGGCAUUACUUUUCCAUCCGGCGAAAUGCAAAAACGUUUAUUUCAAGAGUUUUAUGACGAAUGCGGCAUAUCGCCAUCUUGCAUCGCCUAUUUAGAAGCUCAUGGUACCGGUACGAAAGUCGGCGAUCCGGAAGAAGUCAACGCAAUCGAUAGUGUUUUCUGCAAAGAUAAAUGUAGUACUAAUCCUCUACUAAUUGGUUCCGUUAAGUCUAAUCUGGGUCACGCCGAACCUGCUAGUGGCCUGUGUCAAAUAGCUAAGGUGGUGAUAGCAAUGGAAACCGGCGUGAUACCGCCAAACAUACAUUUCACGCAAGGACGUAAUGAAAUUGAUGCUUUCAAGAAGGGGUCCAUUCGUGUCGUGACUACCCCGACGUUAUGGCAGCCCACUCCCGUGUGUAUAAAUUCUUUCGGCUUUGGCGGAGCCAAUGCUCAUAUUCUGUUAGCACCUAAUAUGAAGAAAAAGGUCAACGGUGGGGUGCCACAGGACGGUUUGCCGAGGCUCGUCGUUUUAUCUGGUCGUACUGAACAAGCAGUCGAGUCAUUUUUACAUGAGAUUGAAAGACAACCAGUAGAUGUUGAAUACGUUCGGUUAUUACACGAUCUUUAUGCUGACGAGAUGCAAUAUCAUCCUUAUAGAGGUUAUACGAUUGUCGAGUCUCAAACAUCGGGCAAAAUAAUAAGUGAAAUAGAGUAUUAUUCAGGAGUAAGAAAGCCGAUCUGUUUUGUGUUUUCCGGUAUUGGAUCCCAAUGGUUUGGCAUGGGGGAAGCAUUACUGCGAUUUCCAACAUUUUCCAAAACCGUGGGAAAGUGUGAUACAAUUUUAAAAGUGCGUGGAAUACAUAUCAUCGAUAUUUUAACGAGCAAACAGAAAACUACUUUUGAUAGUAUAUUGAACUCGAUCGUGGGCAUCAUCACGAUUCAGCUUGGAUUAGUAGACCUCUUAAAGUCUCUAAAUGUCAAACCGGAUUAUGUUAUCGGUUGUUCAAUUGGUGAACUCUGUUGCGGAUACGUGACAGGAGACUUUACGAUCGAAGAAGUAAUUUUAUCCGCUUAUUACAUCGGACUGACGUUGAGUGAAAUAAAAAUAGUCCAAUGCGCCAUGAUAGAUAUUGGUCUCAGCUAUAAAAACGUGAAGGUCAUAUGUCCACCGGAUAUUGAAGUAAUCUGCAGUUACAGCCCAAAUGCUUGCUCCAUCAUCGGGCCAACCGAAUCAGUAAAAGCUUUUACUACAAAAUUACAGGAUAGCAAAAUCUUCACAAAAGCUGUUACGUGUAGCAGUAUUCCUCUCCAUAGUUCUUAUCUUGAUAUCGUAAAAACCAGAAUGUUGGCUUACUUGUAUCAAACAGUACCUCAAAAAAUGAUUACCGGCUCGAUAUGGCGCAGAUUGUCCAACGAUACAGAAUUAUCUUAUGCCGAUUACUUUACGAAUAGUCUAAUGAGACCAGUAUUUUUUGAGAAUGUUGCAAAACUGAUCCCGGCGAAUGCAUCGUUCGUCGAAAUUGCGCCGGAUGGAAUUCUGCAGGGUGCCUUGAAAGAAAUGUUCGAUACAAUGAAUAUCACGUUGUCUCAACGCGAUCACGAAGACGUCAAAAUAUUUUUGCGAGGACUUGGCAAAAUGUAUAACAGUGGUUUGCAGCUGCAAUUAGCUAAGUUAUAUCCGACUGUAGAAUUUCCGGUUAGUCGUGGCACCCCGAUGAUCUCGCCAUCGAUCAAGUGGAAUCAUUCCGAUAAUUGGUAUGUACCGUUCUACACUAUCGAGAAGCAAAUCACUUCGAGAGAGAGAAUAAUCAAUAUCUCAUUGCGUGACGAGGAUUAUGAAUAUAUGACCGGUCAUGUAAUCGAUGGAAGAACUCUGCUGCCAGCUACGGGAUAUAUUGAUCUCAUUUGGAAAACAGCUAGUAUGUUAAAGGGCCGAUUUCAAAAUAAUGUGCCUGUUGUAUUUGAAGAUGUCAAAUUUCUUCGGGCGACUCAUAUUCCGAGUCAGGAAAGUGUAAAAUUGACGUUAAUGUUGCAGAAAGCAACCGGAACGUUUGAAAUAAUAGAAGGAAGUAAUGCUGUCGUUAUUGGCAGAGUACGCAUACCUUCAGAUCCUGCGAAGGAAAGAACUGCGACCGAUUACUUUCAAGAAGACCAGGAGGAGGAAGUGAUGCAGACGAGAGAUGUCUAUAAAGAACUCAAAUUGCGCGGAUAUCAAUAUGCUGGAAUAUUUCGCGGAUUAAGGAGCUUAUCCAUUACGGGCAAGCGGGGGCACAUUACUUGGUUGAAUAACUGGGUAGCUUUCAUGGAUAAUAUGCUACAAAUGCAGAUUCUCAGUAACGACACGAGAAAUCUUUACGUUCCUACUGGAAUACAGAAGUUGGUGAUCGACCCAAAAUUUCAUAUGCAGCACGUACAAAAUAUAACGACCGAAAAUCAACAGUUUGCUGCACGUCUGUACAAAAAUUUGGGUCUGAUAAUAUCCGGUGGUGUGGAGAUGAGCGGUGUUACGGCCACUCCUAUAACUCAGCGGAAGCCAACUGGACAUCCCGUUCUUGAAGAGUAUAGAUUCGUAGCUCAUCGUGACGGAGCGAAGGUUUCUUUUCAAGAGGGUGUAAUCCUAUCGACACAUCUCGCUCUGGAGUUUCACCAAACAACGAAAGUGAACAUCAUCGAGCUGAUCGAAGACGGAGACGAAUUAACAACAAAGGAAUUAGCGUCCUCAAUUUUUGUAGAAAUUUUGGGCAAUUUACCACUCGUUCAACCCAAUAUCAACUUAGUGAAAAGAACUAAUCGUUUUGAUCACGUCAUACUUCCUUUAGAAAUCGUAGUAUCGGAAAAGCUGAAGGAGGACGAUGCCAUUUUAGUAACAGGAUGCAAUUUGUUAACUAAUGGCAAGAACGAAACCUUGAAAGAAAUUUUGCAGGUAUUAAGACCCGAUGGGUUUUUAUUGACACGGGGACAGUCACUCACGAAGGAGGACAUCGCGAAUGCUGAGAGGUGCAAUCUAGCUGUAGUACUUGAGAAAAACACAGGAAACGAGCAUAUUACCCUCUUGAAGAAGAGAUGUCAGUCGACGAGUAAAACGGAAGUCAUAUCAGCAAACAAUCACGAGUUUUCUUGGCUGAAAGAACUUAAAAUAAUUCUGAGCGCAGAAAGUGAAUUGACCAACACGACGAGAAUAAUUAUAGUCGGACAGGGGGAUACAGAAUGCGGCUUAUUGGGUCUCGUUAACUGUUUGAGGAGAGAACCAGGCGGUGAAUUAAUUCGAGGAUUGUUUAUUCAGGACGAAAACGCACCGAAUUUCUCACUGCACGAUCCUUUCUACGCGGAGCAACUUCAGAUAGAUCUCAUUAUAAAUGUUUUACAACCAGGAAAGGUAUGGGGAUCGUACAGGCACCUUCCGUUGGCGCCUCUCCAGCCCAAGCUCGUAUAUCAUGCUUUCGCCAAUCAAAUGGUUCGGGGUGAUAUGAAUUCCCUUCGCUGGAUUGAAGGUUCGAUUACCCCUGGUUGCCAGGACGAAAAAUUAAUUAAUGUAAUUUAUGCGUCACUUAAUUUCAAAGAUGUAAUGACUGCAACCGGCAAAAUUAACUUGGAGAGUUUAAUGUCACGCGGAAGACUGGAGGAUUGCAUGUUAGGUUUGGAGUAUGUCGGUAUUGAUGGUGCUGGACGCAGAAUAAUGGGAAUGGCCGAAAAUAAGGCCAUAUCAAACAAAUAUAUACGCGAUAAAUAUGUUUCUUGGGAAAUUCCGAGUGAAUGGACACUCGAGGAGGCCGUGACAAUUCCCUGUGCUUAUAGCACAUGUUAUUACGGAUUGCAUUUCUGCCGAGGGUUAAGGAAAGGCGAUAAGAUACUUAUUCACUCAGGUACUGGCGCUGUAGGCCAGGCAGCGAUCCACAUCGCGCUUCACGCAGGUUGCGAAGUAUUCACUACAGUUGGCACUUCGGAAAAACGGAGAUUUAUAAGAGACAUUUUCCCGUCUAUCCCGGAGAGCCGUAUCGGACAUUCGCGCGACACCAGCUUCGAGCAGAUGAUAUACCAACAGACCGACGGUCGCGGCGUGGACAUCGUAUUAAAUUCUUUAGCCGAAGAUAAACUUCAGGCCUCCGUACGUUGUCUCGCGAAAAGUGGGAUCUUCUUAGAAAUCGGGAAGUUCGAUAUGAUGGCUAACAAUACUUUGGACAUGUCAGCAUUCUCGAAAGGGAUCAAAUUUUACAGUGUUAUGCUAGACAAAAUGUUCUGCGCUCCCGAGGAAGAGAAACGGCGUUUAAACAGAAUACUAGCUGCCGGCCUCGAAAGCGGAGCCAUUAAACCAAUUGUUAGAAAAAUUUUUCAAACAAACGAAAUUGAAGCGGCCUUUAGAUACAUGGCAGCAGGAAAGCACAUUGGAAAAGUAAUUAUAAAGAUUCAAGAAGAGGAGAAAUUCAUAGACGAGCCGAUACUUGCUCUACCGCGUUACUACUGUCUACCGAAUAAGGCAUACAUUAUUUUAGGAGGAUUGGGCGGUUUCGGUUUAGAAUUAGCCGACUGGUUGGUCAUUCGGGGUGCUAAGAACCUCGUGUUGAUUUCACGUGCCGGAAUGAAGAAUGGUUAUCAGCGUAUGAUGAUUGAACGAUGGAAAUCCUACGGAGUGAGAGUACUAAUCAUAUCGAACGUUGAUGCAUCAGACGUCAAAGACUGCGAACAUAUAUUGAAUGUAACAGAGAAACUUGCGCCAACGGACGCCAUAUUCAAUCUUGCUGUAGUACUGAACGACAAAGUUUGCCAGAACCAUACGAUAGAGACAUUCCAGGCACCAUUCAAAGCGAAAGCUUGGGCCACCAAAAAUUUGGACCAGUUGUCUAGACAAAUAUGUCCUCAGCUCCGGCAUUUUGUCGUCUUUUCUUCUGUAUCGUGCGGUAGAGGCAACGGCGGACAAAGCAAUUACGGAAUGGCAAAUUCUGUCAUGGAGAGAAUUUGCGAGAGGAGAUCGCAAGAAGGCUUGCAUGGAUUGGCGAUUCAGUGGGGAGCGAUCGGCGAUGUUGGCCUGGUAGCCGACAUGCAGGAAAACGACAGAGAAAUGGUAAUCGGUGGUACAUUGCAGCAAAAAAUAAGCUCCUGCAUUGAAAAGCUCGAAGUAUUUCUAUUACAAGAGCAGCCUGUAGUGGCAAGUAUGGUCGUGGCUGAGAAGCGUUUGGGCGCUAUUAGCGGGAUCAAUAUUGUCGAUACUGUAGCUAACAUUAUGGGUUUGAAAGAUUUGAGUGGUGUUUCUGGUCAUACACGCUUGUCUGAAAUUGGAAUGGACUCGAUGAUGGCCGUGGAAAUUAAGCAGACCUUAGAACGGGAAUAUGGGGUAUUUCUCACUGCCCAGGAUAUUCGUAACCUCAAUUUCGCCAAACUUACUCAAAUGUUUGACCAAGAAGCACGGAAUGAAAAGCUACGUUCCGGCAAUCCUAAGGAUUCCAACGAUUUGGCUGGUCUAAAAAUACUCGUCCGGGUGGUAGGCAAUACUGACUUAAUACCCGAAGUUUGUAUUAAUCUUCCAACGAAAAGAGAUAUAACAAAAAACGAGAUAUUCUUGUUGCCUGGUGUCGAAGGUUGCGGAAAUAUUUUCAACCUGUUGGCACCCAAAAUAGAAGCUCCGGCAACGUGCCUACAAUACGGGACGUACAACAUAGGCAAUAACUGUCACACGAUAACCGAGAUCGCUGAUUGUCUUUUAAAACACAUAUUGGGCAGAAUCAAGUCAAAAAGUUUUGUGAUAGUCGCAUAUUCAUACGGAUCAUUAAUAGCGAUUGAAUUGAUGAGAAAGUUGGAGGAAAUGAACCUCCGGGGCCGAUUAGUGCUUAUCGACGGCGCACCCGAACAAAUGAAAGCAUUGACGAAUCAACAUAUACCUUUCACUACGAUGGAUGAACUUCAGAAUAAUGUUCUCUUGAGUAUAAUGGAUAUAUUAUAUCCUGCUAUCAGCGGCAAGCUUUUAUUGGAAUUAAACAAAUGCACUAACUGGGACGACAAGUUGAAUAUAUUUAUACGCCACAUUCCUCCGAUAUAUACGAAAAUGUCAAUCGAUUGUUCAAGAGCUUUAUGUAUAACAUUGUACAACCAUAUUCGAGCUCUCCACGAAUAUGACGUGACACAAAUAUCGAAAAUUACAUCGCCUGUAAUACUUUUGAAACCAACCGUGCAAUCGUUGCUUUCACCUGAUGAAGAUUAUGGUUUACAUAAGAUAACCACAGGAAACGUGCAAGUCCAUUUCGUGGAAGGUAAUCACAUCACGAUUUUAGACAGCGACAAAGUAGUAGCUGCGAUCAACGGACAACACAUUGAGGAUGCCAGAAAAAUGCAGUCAAACAUGAUGGAUGUUAAUAAAACAAUUUCUGUUGAAGGUAAUCGCACUAGAUCAUAG